AUGACGUUGAACGGAGGAGAAAACACCAUGAGAGGGAAAUACUUUCUCCUCGGCUUCUUGUUGCUCAAACUUAUGGCUCUAGUGUGCAAGGCAGACGGGGAGCCAGGACUGCUCGGAGGAUUCGUCAUGAUCGCCACCUCCAACGGCUCCAGAGAGGAGGAGAGCGUGUCCGAAGAGACCCCGCACACGGAGGAUAAAUGUCGGGGUUACUACGACGUGAUGGGCCAGUGGGACCCGCCGUUCAUCUGCAAAACGGGCAACUAUCUGUACUGCUGCGGCACCUGUGGCUUCCGCUUCUGCUGCUCCUACAAGCACUCGCGGCUGGACCAGAGCACCUGUAAAAAUUAUGACACUCCGGUCUGGAUGAAGGCCGGACAGACUCCCUACAACAAAAUGAACAAGAUGCACGACAGCACCAAAGACAAGACGAACUUAAUUGUUUAUAUCAUAUGUGGAGUAGUGGCCAUUAUGGCUCUUGUGGGGAUUUUCACCAAAUUGGGGCUGGAGAAGGCGCACCGCCCCCAGAGAGAAAACAUGUCCAGGGCCGUCGCCAGUGUGCUGCAGGGCGGGUGUCCAGGUGAGCAGUAUCGGGGGGAAGAGGCCCUUGGGAUGCAUUCGCAGCACUACGUUUCCAGGGCCACAAACCUCCAGGGUGGCCAGAUCAACAACAACGUGGGACCGGGCUCAAACAUGGGCCAGCAGCACCCUUACCCUGCCCUCAGCCAGCUGGCUCACGUCUAUGAACAGCAGCAACACCAGCAGCAACAGCAGCAGCAGCAGCAGCAGCAGCAGCAGCAGCAAAACAAGGAUCUCAACAAGUACGCCUCCCUGAAGGCUGUGGCUGCCAAGUACAACGGUGAACUCUACAACAAGCGUCGGCUGAUGGUGGAGCUGCCAACAAAGGGCGGUCUUCCUCUCCAACCAAUGGGCAACUCCAGACCCUCUAUAGGCAACAUGUCGUCGAUGACUCCUCCAAUGACAACCAAUCCCAUGGCUUCAAACCCCAUGACCUCCAAUCCCAUGAACCCCACCAUCACCCAGAUGACUUCAAUGACCCCAAUGACGUCUAUGACACCCAUGACCUCAAUGACAGCAAUGACAUCCCUCACCCCAAUGACGUCCAUGACCCCUAUGACUUCUUUGGGUCCACUGACUCCAGAGCCAGUUGCAACCUACAUCACAGAGAUGCCCAGCAUCUCUUCCGUCUCAACCCUCCCAACAGAACGGCACAUAGCUGGUGGAGGAGGAGGUGGAGGACUUAAGCCCAACGGCCAGAAACCCAAAGGCGGCCAUGGCCACGGUGUCCACAGCUCUCACAGCUCUCACACUCAUGCUCACAGCCACAGUAGCAAGCCGCCAGGACUCGGGGCAACCUCCCUGGCACACAUGGCGGGGACCAUGCCAGGUGGAACGUCCUUGGGCAUCUCCAGGGCCGCCGUGACAACCAUUGGCUCCAGCUCGGCUACAAUGGGCCGCCCAUUGGCGUACAGUUCCAACACAAUUGCGGCUGGGCACGGGAUGGGGCUAGGGCUGAAGGGCUGGGAUGGGACUGAGACUGUGGGCCGGAGGAAGACGUAUGGGCACAAGAGGCCUCAGUGUACCGUGCUGGAGCCGAACCAGCUCCACAGCACCAGAGGCCACAGCCACAGCCAACACUUCCUCCCCACACAGCCCUACUUUGUGACCAACAGCAAGACAGAGGUGACUGUGUGA